CUCACUUCAGUCUCAGCUCUCGGUUUCAUCGCAGAGUGGACAGUAAGACUCAAGACAGGGGAGGGUGACAGACGAUCAAAGGGGGAUCCCUGUGAGCCAUCUCUGUGACCUUCCCCCUCUUUCAUUCCUUCCCUCUCGUCCCUCCCUCACUUUCCCCUUGUUUCCCAGCGUGUCGUAAGUCUCCCUCCUUUCUUCCUCACCCCUCUACUCACUAAGCGUCUCCGCUCCGUUCGGACAGUGGCCGCAUCGAUGCAAAAUGGGUUGUGGCAAUUCCUCAGCCACCAACACCUCAGGAGGGGGGCCAGCAGAAGUGUCCAAAGAUGUGACAGAAGAUGCCUCGCCAGACGAUGAGAAAAGAAGGAACUAUGGAGGUGUAUAUGUGGGUCUGCCAGCAGACCUGACCACUGUGGCUGCCAGUCAGUCCAAGUCCACACGUACAGACUAGCAACCACUGAAGGGACUGCGACAAAGGAUCCUGCGUAAUGACUCACCUAGAGAAACUUUACAAACAGAAAGCGUGUCAGUGCUCUGAUUCUUGUCCUUGUUCAACAUGCGAUGAGUAAGAACAAGGCUUUGAGCCUGGCAUUGACUGGAGAUGUGGACAUUUUGCCUAAAUGCAGGAACUUUGCCUCAUAGAGCCAUGGAUGACACUCUAUGUUUUGGAUGCACACUGGAAGUCUGCGUGUGACAUCCACAACCACCCUUAACUCUGCAAAAAAAGCCAACAAUUACUAGACUUGCACAGCUGUGAGCGGCGACAACAGGCAUUGUGAUAGCCAUCAUCACAACCUGGUGACAUCAUCGGAACCUUCUCUUUCUCAGGAAGAGACGGUGUAUUUAGCAACUAACUGUGCGGGACUUACACACACACACACACACACACACACACAAACACACACACACACACACAUGGGCACACACACACAAACAGACUUCAUGAUAGCCUUCUGCAAUAAUAAUCUUGGUUGUAUCUCGGUUAUAAGUUAUAUCUCGGUUGCAUAGAAAUCGAUUCAUUGUGUGGCAGAAAUGGAGCGUAGAGAGAGAAAGGUAAAUCAAAGGUCCACCAAGGGCAGAAAAAACACUCCUGUUGAUGCAUGGCUGAGCAUAACCCUAUCACUGAAAUUUAGCAUUGAUUGAAAUCAGUUACCUGCUGCUUUUAAAGAAAUGUAUGAAACAGAUUUAAUUGAUGUUGUUUUAACUGAUGUCCAUAAAUGUUCUUGGCACUGCAACCUGGCUGGACCUGGUGCAUAAAUACACACACACACACAUGUAUGUGUAUGUAUAUAGAUAUAUAUCAGCACAAGUGUCAUGAUACUCAGAGCUGCUUUCGCUAAUUAUCUGCCUCUUUCUUGCUCAGUCUCAUGAUCGCUCUGCAACAUUCUUGUUCUCUUUGUCGUUUGUUUCUGAGGGUUUGAAGAAGUAGAACUGUCAUGUAAUUUGUUCAUAUCUCACAACAUUAAGGUG